UAGCGACGUAAUCUCGUGGCAGGCAACCGUAUUUCCGCUCGAUACCGGGUGAUGAAAAAUGACAGCAAAUGGAGUAACCGGAGUAACACUCGAUUGAUGUGUAAAAGUGUAUAAAUAAUUGAACUCGCGAUCGAAGUAAACAAAUUUCGUAGUGAAAUGAGUCAGGGAUCAAGGUACAACGGCUGCGAUGCUUGGUGAGAGGGACAGCGAGAGACGAGAAUAAAAGAGAGAGUGAGAGAGAGAGAGAGAGAGAGAGAAAGAGAGAAACAGAGAAAGAGAGAGGGAGGGAUACAAAGCCACAUAGGGCAGCUGAAGGGAAGCUGGCGUCCAGUCGCGACGAUCGCGUAAGUGUCAAACGAACGAUUUUGCUUUAUCCGUAUCACGUCGGUCGUAUCAUCUGUCAAUUCACGGCCGUGACAUUGAGCUUGUGGCACGUAGGUACGUAGUGUACAGCCACCGGAAUCAAGAGGUUAUUCGUUUUAUCCAUGAGCAGGAGAUCUCGAUUUAAUGACAGCCAUGGAUACGGAACUCACGGAUCAGUCCUAUCGAAUUCAAGCUGUCGAUCGCGCACGCAAAAUACCCAGCGUGAACUACUUGUGGGAUAAAUCCACAGAGGUUUACGAACGUGUAAAAGGCACAAACACAUUUGUAAAUUGGGCCUUUGACACCGUUGAAAGUGUGGUGAAUACGAUGAUAGAGAAGUCCCUGCCAGUCGCUCGACUGAUGGAGAAACCAAUUUAUACGCUGGAUAAAACGCUGUGCCAGGGCAUCGAUUUCGUCGAAGUUAACCUGCCAAUAAUUAAAGAAGAACCUAAACAGAUAUUGAAUCGCACCAAAUCUAUGGUAUCGGAACGUCUCCGUCCUGCGGUAAAAACGUUUACCGAUUUAAAGCAGGAAACCAAGCAGAGAGUGAGGGUUAUGACUUUACUCACGUAUUACAAAGUACAUUACCUACGUAUCUACAGCUGGCAACAAGCCGACAAGGUCAUGUCAACUGAAACUGGUAUCAACAUUUUAAAGACUGUUGACAACACUACUGAUUUUGCUGAAGUUAUGUUGGACAAAUAUCUACCUCCGCCGGAGGAAGAGACUCACACUGAUACCGAGCGAUUAUGCACCGAACACGUUAAGCUGCAUCAUACGAUGGAAAGACUGAGCGAAUUCAGUACUCGAGCGUACAGACGUAUUUACUACGCGUUAAUGGAGAGGUUGCAACACAUGUAUAAGAUAGAAAUACUUAUUUUGGUAUUACACGUUCUUGUGGUCAUCCAGGCGAUCAAAUUCUUAGAAUCGGUAGUGAGUUUUAUUUUUAAAUUGUUUAGCGAUUGCCUCUUUUCGUCUUAAGAGACACGUUCUAGUCUACUUUUAAUCGCGUACAUGCAAUAUAGCACCUAAGAAAUCAGACUAUUUUUAUCACUUUUACACGAAAAUUAUUCUCGACACGAGUAUAUUUUACUUGCAAACUGCGAAUAUUACUUAAUGCGGACGUGAAACGUGUGACCAUCGCGGAAUAAUUUCACGGUCCAAAAUGGAUUAAAAAGGAGCUGUGCUCUCAGCCAUGAUAUAUGACAACGUUUCUCAUGAUAUGUCGCAUUUGCACAUUUCCGACCUUUUAAAUAAUCUUCUAACUGCCGUUUGUUAAGAGAAGUAAUUCAAUUAUUUUUAAGAAAAAAAUAAAUCUCCAAAUAUAAACUGAUUUUAUGGAGAUAAUCUUCUUUUUUUUAUAAAUAUAUAGGAUGUUUCAACGCACUUUCUUUGAAUCGUAAAUAUUAAUUUCCAAAUCUAAUUAAAGUUUAAAUAAUUGUCAAUCAAUUGUUUCACAUGAAAAAUUAACUUUACAAAUUAAAAGAUUUGGUACAUUAAGCAAAUGAAUAAAAGGAGUAUAGAAUUUAUAAUAAAUUAUUUGAUAAAAUAACAUUGUAAUUUAAAUUAUUAUUAAAAUAUUUAUUAAAAGGAAAGCAAAUUGUAAUAAUGUGUAUAUGAUGUAACAUCCUGUGUAUUUAUAAUCCGUUUUACUUUGUCGUGUUUUAAAUGUGCAAAAGUAAGCUAAAAGUAAGAAGAAAAAUAUCUCUGUUUGAGCAUUUAUUAUAUACUUAACCACUAUGUGUUACUCAGAGUUUUAAUCUAGUUAAUAUUUGUAAUACUGGUCGGAUUGUUAGAUUUUAUAUUCGCGAGGACGAAUCAUCAAAGCGAUUAUCGAUGUUCUUAUUUUGAGAAUGUAGCACGAUAUUUUUCGAAUAGAUUUGUCCGUGUUUUCACAGAUAGCUGCGCUUUUCGUACCUUGUUAUCAUGUGACAGGCAUACGUACUCGAAAGGCGUGGCAUUCGCACAUGACAUGAACGCUUAAUAAUAUCUUAUUUCUAAUAUUUUUUUUUAUUAUUUAGAUUUGUAUGUAAGGUUUGUUUUUUUUACGCAAAUGUCAAUUAUUUAAUUUAAAAAAUGUGAUGUUACUGUUGAGGAAAAUUGAUCCCGAAUAAUUAACAGCAUUUUACGUAUAGUUAAUCUAGAUGUUAGUUCAAUAAAAUAUAUGUGUCUAUAGAAAUUAAUUAUGAAUGUUAAAGCAAGUUGAAAAUUGAGAUUUUAACUAUAAUGACUGUGAUGAAAAAGAAUAACUCUAAUUUAUUCCCAUUUUACAUCGUGCCAUGUUAUUCCGACUUGGAUAAAAUAAAUGUGAAUAAAUUAAGAUUUUAAAUAUAAGAUUUUGCACACACUUGGUAAUAUUAAACAAAUUCUAUAACAAAAAUAUAUAUGAUAUGUUACAUUGAGAAAGAUUAUAUGUAAUUAGAGUGCAAAAAUUCGUGAAGUUUCAAAAUGGGAUGAAUGUUUCGUACAUAUUCAAGUAUUUAUUUUAUAAAAAUGCCUGUAUUAUUAUGAAUUGGGCAACUGUCUUUUUUGCGUGACAACGUUAAUAGUAAAAAAUAGAGGAGAUUCUGUUUAAUUUAAUAAAUAAUGGACACAAAAAUAAUCGCAAAUACGCUUCAGCUUGGGAAAGGCUCGUCGUAAAUCUUCACAAACUUCCGCACUCUACUUACAACGAAGCGAUAAGUGACUUAUAAAGCGAGCGGACUGCGUAUGAUUGCACUCACAUUAAUGACACGCGAAUCUGCAAUUGUUUUCAUUCUCUGUACUUACUGAUACAUUUGUAUAAAUAAUUGCAUAUAAAAAUGUACAUUGAAAA